CUGCAUUUAUCUGGGAGUUUCAGCCCCUGGGAGCUCUAGAGUUCUACCUUUUCUGGAGCCACCAUGUAACAUAACCUAGGCCCUCACCUGGCUCCAACUCAGCUGGCCCUUGUGGGCAGCCUAUUCUGAGGGAACAAGAAGUUGUUUACAUUCUUCAUUUCUGAAAAGUCACGGGCAACUUAAGAAACGAAAGUAAAAUCAGCUGAUAGUGACAUCAGCACAAAUGUACAAAAGCUCAGAGAGCUGUUUACUCAGACGCAACUGCAAAUGCAAGCAGGACAUCAGGAGCGAGUCCUCUGCUAUUCCUCGCUGCCACCCUCCUGCCUGGAGCCUGACCUUAGAGAGCCAGCGACAAGCACACCUCGCCGCCCAGACCUGGCUGCCUGCCCCCACUUCCCAUGAGCGUUCCUGUGGCUCUGGCCCUCCUUUUUGUCCCCCACAAAGGACAGGAGAGAGAUGGCUGCCUCCAGGGCGUGGCGGGGUGAGCACUUGCCCUUCAUGGGGAUCAUGACCCUCAUGGCUGUGGUCAUCGCCCUGCUGUUCUAUGCCCUCCUCUGGAAGGCCGGCAACCUCGCGGAGCUGCCCAGCCUCAGAAUUGGCUUCUACAACUUCUGCCUGUGGGAUGAGGACAGUAGCUCCCUGCGGUGUCACCAGUUCCCGGAGCUAGAGGCCCUGGGGGUGCCUCGGCUGGGCCUGGCCCUGGCCAGGCUUGGCGCAUAUGGAGCACUGGUGUUCAUACUCUUUGUCCCGCUGCCUCUCAUCGUCGCCCAGUGCAAAGGCAACCAGGGCGAGUGGCAGCUGGCGGUGCUGCUGCUGGCCGUGUCCUCCAUGAUGCUGGCCAGUGGGCUGGGCCUCCUUCUGUACUACGCGUGGAAGUGGGUCAGGCUCUCCCUCCUGGGGCCUGGCUUCCUAGCUCUGGUCCUGGCCCAAGCCUUACUCAUCCUGCUGCUCAGGGUCACAGUUAUGCUCCAUCCAAGGACCAAGAUGGACAAGAGCAAGCCUGAGAUCUGCUAGUCCCAUCUACUGGCAGAGACGACUGCAAGGCUUCAUCCCAGCAUCCAAGCAGGUGCCGGAGAGGCAUGAGCUGGCCCUUCCUCCCUCACGAUUCAUAGCUAAUGCUGACCACGAGCUUCAACAGACGGGGCCUCCGUGAAGCACGUGGAGUCUCACGUCAAGGAACAGAUCAGUCAGGGUGGCGGGGCACCCACAGUUUCUUAGAGUAGGAUUCUGUCUUUCCAAGGACACUCUAAAGCCAUGCAACUGUCACGUGGAUUCUUGCUUUAAUUAACGUACCUGAGCAAUUCCUGCUCUAAACUCAGGAUGAGAGAGAGAGAGGAGGGGGUCCAUCAUGGGGUUGAUUUCCAGGCUGAUCAGCCAGAUCACCAAACCAGAGCCCAGUAAAGGUUGACAGCAACAAAGGGGACCACGCUGAGAGCACUUAGCGUCUCCAGGCCCUGGUUAGCAAGUGCCCGCUCCUGCUCUGUGCCAAGUGGAUGUGUGAGCGGUUCCCAAAGGCCCAAGAAUGCCCUGGAGGGAUCCAGUGGAGAUGCAUGGGGCAUGAAGAGAUGCCCCAUGGCCUUGAAGCAUUCCCUAAAAAGGUCCCUGGGCUGGAAGCAGGUAGCACAGGGGUCAGCCAGCCAACUCCUACUGCUGUGCAACCCAGGAGUUCGGGAAAGGUCAUCCCAAUUCUUUGGCAGAAAAGGGGAACUGGACUGAAUGGUUCCCCUCCGUUCUCCACUCAGAACCAAAAGGACAGAAAUUUAACUACUCAUGUAAUGGGGGAGUUUGUAUUUUUUUUCAGCAUUUACAUAUUAGAAUGACUUCUUUAUUCUCUGCGUCAAAAGCCAUACUAAAAAGACAAACGUGGA